CAGCCACUAGCCGAUCGCUGAUUAGCACCGGGAUUUUGGCUUCCAAAUCAGAGCGAUAUUCUAAGUGACAGCAACAUGAGGACGCUGUACGUCGGGACCGUGGUUUUGCUGUGUUUAGCGGUCACCAUAGAUGCGCAAUGGUUCGGUAGCAGUAAGAAGAAACAGGAAGAAGAUCCUAACGUUGCGCUUCUAUCGUACGCUCCCGUGGAUCCUAGCGUAACACCUUCUUCGACGGUCGCAGCACCAACCAGCACUACGCCCAUUCCGUCGACCACAACGAAGAAGGGCUUCUUUGGCAAGCUGUUCGGAGGUGGUUCCAACAAGGAGGAGAAGUCCACCACAACCACCACGACCACGACAACUACUCCCGCCACUCCGACCACAAAGAAGCAGGGUUUCUUUGGAGGUUUGUUUGGAGGCAAAAAGGACAAAACUUCCACGACGACGGUUGCUCCUUCUUCAACAACGGCCAAGUCAGGCACUACGGUGAAACCUGCCACCGUAACGACAGCUAAGGUGUCCGCAGUACCUACGUCAGUAACUCCCACGACCGCUAAAUCUGUGCUACCAGUCACGGGAGCCUCGACGACCACCACGAAACCAGGUUCUACGUUGUCCACCUUGGUGGCUGGCUCUUCAACUACAACUACAACACCCAAGUCGAAGGAUGCAUUUCCGGCUCUUCCUCCGUCCCGUAGCGGAAGUCCCACACCGGCCCCCGUUCCGACCUCAACCGUGGCCAACGCCUGGACUCGCACUCCACCGACCGUACAACCGGGAGCAGUUGGAGGCAAACCCGGCGUCAGCUUUGUCCCCACCACUCCCGGAACCCCUGGAGCUAAGGUCAGCAGUACUCCUGCUACGGCCGUAGGUGAUGGACCUGCCACGGACGAAGAGUUGAUGGCUUUGUCCGAGUUGCUGUUCACGAAGGACGCGAAUAGCCCGAGCAAGUUUGUCACGAUCAACUACCAGAAGCAGACCUCAUCCUUCGUCAAUACGGACGAGGCACCAAAUCCCUUCCUUACCGUGGACGAGGCGAAGAUCUACGCAAUACCGACGAUCGAGAAGAUGCACGCACUGUUCAACAACUACGAGCUGGACACGAUGACAAACGAGUACGUGACGCCACUGGAGAAGAAGGAAGAGAAUGACUUCGUCGACGCCCUGUUGGCCACCAACGUGAUGCGCCAGGCCAUGUUGUUCCUGCAGAAGAAGGGCAUCGUAACAGCUGAUCCCAAGACGCAUCACGAACUGCUGAAGACGAUCUGGUUCACGCUGUAUUCGCGCGGCAACGGCAAGAUCGGCAGUUCCGGCUUCGAGCACGUGUUCCUGAACGAAGUCAGCAACGGAACGAUGAUCGGUCUGCACAACUGGCUGUACGUGUACGACAUGGAGAAGGCCGGUCGCAUCGACUACAAGGGCUGGAACAAGAAGAUGGAGCUCGGAACGAAAGGUGAAAUUGCAAAGGUGCGAUUGACCUUCGACAACCUGCAGAAGCCCUCCAAUUCACUGUUCGUCGGAACGUCCCCUGAGCUGGAGAUUGCGCUGUACACCGUGUGCUUCCAGCUGCGACCGGACAAGGAGUGCCCGCUGGCGAUAAACAACAAGCCGUUCACGAUAAAGACCUUCACGUUCCGAUACCGUGGCAAAAACCUGAUCGGCGGUGCUUGGCCAAACAUUUAACUUAAGAGAUUCCUUUUGCACACAUCCCAUACAUAUGCCCUUCCGUUGUAUCCAGCAGGAUGUGGGUCACAGGUGCCGCAAUGUUGGCAUUUUUUACAUAGAUAGCAUGCACCCGCACGAUAUUAAUCAAACAUGAUACCUCAUUUUUAUUAAAAUAAAAAAACCUUUUUCGAAACGAAA